AUCAGCCUUUCGAUCAACCAAGAACUACAACCGACCAGAAUACCAAUACCCUCCAAAAACGUAUCACCAAAAUAUCAAGAAACAUGAAUGGAUCAACAAAUCAAAGAAGGGUACCUAAAAAUGAUCUUUUGAUUAGAGCUGCAUCUGGAAAACCAACUGAAAGAUCACCAGUAUGGGUAAUGCGUCAAGCAGGUCGUUAUUUACCUGAAUUUCGUAAAUUAAGAGAAUCGCAUGAUUUUUUCGAAAUUUGCAGGACUCCAACUUUAGCCACUGAAAUUACGAUGCAACCAAUCAAAAGAUAUAAAGGAUUAUUAGAUGCAGCCAUAAUUUUUUCAGAUAUUUUAGUGAUACCACAAGCAUUAGAUAUGGAAGUGAUUAUGAAACCAGGUCCGAUCUUUCCAAAUCCGAUUCAAACCAAUCAAGAAAUGAAAGAUAUGAUCAACAAACCGAUCGAUGAAAUCGAAUUGAAAUCUAAAUUACAAUAUGUUUAUGAUGCAAUCGAAUUAACGGUCGAAGCAUUAGAUAAUGAAAUACCUUUGAUUGGCUUUGUAGGUGCUCCUUGGACUUUGUUUGCUUAUAUGACUAGUGGUGGUAGUGCCACUAGUUUUGAUACGGCUAAGAAAUGGUUAUUUGAAGAACCUGAACUAUCAAUCCAAUUAUUAGAAAAACUUUCAAUAGUUUGUUCAAUUCAUUUAUUACUUCAAAUCAAAUCGGGCUGUCAAGUCAUUCAAGUCUUUGAUUCAUGGGCAGGUGAACUUAAUUCAUACGAUUUCAAAAAAUUCAGUUUACCUUUUCUAAUUCAAGUGGGUAAAUUAGUUAAAGAAGGUUUGAUUAAAGAGAAUUUACCUAUUGUACCAAUGAUCGUUUUUGCAAAAGGAGCCAAUCAAUCAAAUCAAUUAAAAUCAUUAUCUGAAUCGGAUUAUACUACUAUUGGAUUAGAUUGGAAGAUUGAACCUGAAUUUGCUAUUAAAUCAUUAGAAUCCAAUUCAACUAAAAUCGCUUUACAAGGCAACUUAGAUCCUGCUAUCUUACAUUCUUCACCCGAUUCAAUUAAAAGAUACGUCAAGUUAAUGUUUGAUAAAUCAAAUGGUGGUUUCAGAGGUGAUUUACCUCAUAUUGCUAAUCUAGGUCAUGGUAUCACACCUGGUGUAGAUCCAGAAUGUAUGCGUGCCUUUUUGGAAGCUGUUCAUGAAGAAAGUCGAAAAGCUAGAGAAGUGAAAUGAAAAACCUUAUGGAGAAUGAUCGUCAAUCAAACCGGACGAUACUUGGAAGAAGUCAAAUCUUGUGGUCCAAUGUGGCGAAGAGGCAAGACCAUUAGAAGACUUUGAUGGAUCAUAUCUUGCAUUAAGGCAUUUAGUUUCCAUCAAAUUAAACUUUGCUUAAAUAUUUACUUCAAUAUCAAUUCUCCGAUAUUCAAAAUCAGUGUUUAUACGUGUAUAAGAAGUAUUCGAUAGUGACUUCUAUUAUUGAGGACUACAGUUUUAUAGCGAUACCUCAAUGUGUUUUGUUGUAAUUUCAGAAUUAUGUUGCUUCUAGAAGUCCAAACGUUGAAUAUUUAUCCCUGCU